AUGGCAGCUGAAGCUCACAAUGUUACGGUGAUCGGAGAAGGCCGAGAGAUAGUUGUCCUCGGCCACGGAUUUGGCACAGACCAAUCCGCAUGGAGACACUUAGUCCCGCACCUAGCCAUGAAUCCCAACUACAAGGUAGUCUUAUUUGACAUCAUGGGUGCUGGAACCACCAACCCAGAGUUUUUUGACUUUGACCGCCACUCGACCCUUCAAGGUCACGCCCACGACUUACUAGCCAUACUCGUAGAGCUCGAGAUUACUAAAUGCAUAUUUGUUGGUCACUCCUUGUCGUGCAUGGUUAGCUUGAUCGCCUCCAUCCUUCGCCCUGACCUUUUUGUUAAGCUUGUCAUGCUCUCUCCUUCUUGCAAGUUUAUGAACACCCAUGAUUUUUAUGGAGGAUUUGAGCAAAAUGAGGUCGAACAACUCUACGAAGGAUUCAAAAGAAACUACUUUUCGUGGUGCACAGGGUUUGCACCGCUGGUGGUGGGCGGUGAUAUGGACUCGGUCGUGGUUCAGGAAUUUAGCAGGACUUUGUUUAACAUGAGACCCGAUAUUGCUCUGUGCACUUUCAAGAUGAUAUUUGAAAGUGACUUGAGAGGUUUGUUGCAUCUUGUUUCUGUGCCUUGUCACAUAAUUCAAAGUUCUAAGGAUAUGGCGGUGCCAAGUAUGGUGACGGAGUACCUGCAUCAGAAUAUCGGUAGCAAGACUAUUGUCGAGUUUGUACAAACGGAAGGUCAUCUACCGCACCUUAGCGCACCGGACAUCACCAUACCAGUCCUCCUUCGACAUAUACAGUGUGACAUUGCAGUUUGA